GAGAAGUGACAACGCUCUGGCCAUCCCUAGCCUUUGUUUGCCAGAAUCUGGGAAUGGGCGACAGGGGAGGAGGGUCUCAGGGCUUCAGUCCUGCUCCUGUUAAACAUCUGCCUACUUUAAGGCUAUGUCUACACUGCUGCUGUAAGGUACUCAGUGUAGCCGCUCUUUGUGACAAAAUAAAACCACCCCCAACGAGGGGCGGUAGUGUUGUUGGCGGGAGAGCGUCUCCCGCCGAAAGCGCUGUACACCCCAGCACUUUACAUCGGUAAAACUUAUGUCGGUCAGGGAGAUGUUUUUUUCACACCCCUGACUGACAAAAGUUUUAUUGACAAAAGGGCUGUGUAGACAUAGCCAAGUGAGUUCCCAGUGGGAGUGGAGUAAUUCCGCUGCAAGCACAUGCAUAUGUGUUUGUAGGAUUGGGACCUUAGUUUUCUCUAUGAAAAGUUUUUGAAAACUUUACUCCCCUCAAUAAAAUGGUUCCCAAAAACUUUCCCAAGGAUUCUCAAAACCAUUGGCCUCAGGGAGCUGAGAAUCCAGCUCUCCCUGGGGCUCCCCAGCUGGCCCCUGCUGAGCUAGGGCAAUUAUGACCUCACUCUCAGACGGAUGACAUCACAAUGAGGUCAGCAAGCCGUUGCCUCCUGCUCCAGCCUCUGGGCACACCCCAGCCAGCCAUGUGCCCCCGAGCAGUGGCCCUCAGCUUUCUCUUUGCCUUGAUCUCUGCUGUGGCCAAUGGCGACCCAUCCCAAGGUGUCUCCCUGCCAGAGCCCUGCCUCCCGGGCCGCCCAUGCACCCUGGCCUUGAUCUCAGACAACCCUGUGACCCUGAGGUGCCCAGGCGCCCCCCACCAGGGCCCGGUCUCUUGGCAGUAUGUGGAUCCCUCCCGGCCCGGGGAGCGGCCAGCCACCUUCAUCCGCACCGGGCACCCCUUGGCGCUCAUCCCCACUCGCGCCAAGCUGUGGCAGCUGCGCUUGAAAACCCGGCUGCUCCGGGGCGACCUGCGGAUUCUGGAUCCCGGUGUGGAGGACUCGGGCAUCUACACCUGCCGCCGUGGCGACACCAUGCUGGCCUACUACGAGGUGGAUUUCCAGGAUGCCGGGCGCCUCCACAUCAGCCACGCCAGCCUGGGAGAGGCCGCCCUGGCUAACACCACCGUGGAGCUGGCCGGCGGGGCCCGGGGGCAGCUGUUCACCACGUGGGCGCGCUGGCAGCCCUGCGACCGCUGCGGCGGCCCCGGCGAGAGGAAGCGGGUGGGAUUCUGCUACGCCCGGCUGGCAUCGCGCCCCCAGGGGCCCCUGCCAUGCGGGCUGGCUGGGCGAGGGCUGCCCCAGCGGGGGCCGGAGCUGCGGGUGGAGAGCUGUGAGGUGCCAUGUGACAGGGCCUACACCCCCAGCCGGGAUGAAUGGGGCAAGGCCCCCAUCCUUGUCAUCACCCGCUACCGAGCCCUGCCCCACGCCAGCGCCAGGCUGAGGUGCCCAACAGCCUCUAUAUACAGGUACAAGGAGCCAUGCCAUGCUGGGGAGACCCAGGGGCCCAUGCAGCUAUGUAUCCCCACCCUCCAUCCCCGGAUCAGACCCAUGGGCCCAUCUACCCUGGUAUCAGGUCCCCUCCUUGCUACCCCAGGUCAGAGCCAUGGUCCCACCUCAGCUGGUAUUCCCACCCCAUCCCAGAUCAGACCCAUGGUCCCACCUCAGCUGGAAGGCCCCACCGCCCUGACCUGGCUGGACCUUCAUCAACGCAACGGCUCCAUCGGCCUGGACAAGGCGACCGGCGGCGGGACCCUGCUGCUUUCCUCCUGGAACAGCACCUAUGCCGGCUAUUACCAGUGCUACGUGGGCGGCCGGCUGGUGGGCCGGUUCCUGGUCACCCCACCUAGGGUGCUGGCCCCCGCCCCGGAGCUGACCCGCGCCUACUCGGCCAUCGAGUCCCUGGUGGUGGGGCUGGCCAUCUUCCUCAUCUUCCUCCUCUUCCUCAGCAUCCUGCAAUCCUGCCGCAGGAAGCCAGGAGCCAUCAUGGCUUGA